UAUGGCCGUUCUUAUGUUCUGGUGUAAAUUGGCUCCAUCUAAUGUCAGGGGAAUUAAUCUGAUUCAUGCCUGCCAAAGGAUGUGCCCCUUAAUGUGGAGAGGCUCCAUCAACCAAGUAAGACAGGCGAAAAUCAGCAAUUCGAGGAGCUGGAAUUCACUGAGUUCAUCGUGGGAGCAGAGACCUUACAGCUUAUGAAGUACGGGGGCCAAAUUGCAUAGAAUUAUAUAGAAAUGUGGCCCUGUAAUUGCAGCUGCUGCGGUGGCUUGCCCGUGUCUCUCGAGCUGUUCUGUCAGACUGGUGAAUGGCUAGCUAUAACCGUUGUAUGUUUGGUAGGUUGUCCGCACGGAAAAGAACAGUCUGAACAACAGGUUCCUGCCAUGGGAUGAGAUCGAGACAGAGGCCAUUCUGUCUAUCGACGACGACGCCCACCUUCGCCAUGACGAGAUCAUGUUCGGGUUCCGGGUCUGGAGAGAGGCCAGGGACCGCAUUGUAGGAUUCCCGGGCCGAUACCACGCAUGGGACAUCCCCCAUCAGUCCUGGCUCUAUAACUCCAACUACUCCUGUGAACUCUCCAUGGUACUGACUGGUGCUGCCUUCUUUCAUAAGUACUACGCCUACCUGUAUUCCUACGUGAUGCCGCAAGCCAUCCGUGACAUGGUAGACGAAUACAUCAACUGUGAGGAUAUUGCCAUGAACUUCCUCGUCUCUCACAUCACGAGGAAACCGCCCAUCAAGGUGACCUCGCGCUGGACCUUCCGCUGCCCCGGCUGCCCUCAGGCCCUUUCGCACGACGACUCGCACUUCCACGAGCGGCACAAGUGCAUCAACUUCUUCGUCAAGGUGUACGGGUACAUGCCCCUCCUGUACACCCAGUUCCGCGUGGACUCGGUGCUCUUCAAGACCCGCCUGCCCCAUGACAAGACGAAAUGCUUCAAAUUCAUUUAGGAGGGAUCCCCAGGGGUCCCCUGGGCGCUCUGGCCGUGGGCGAGCGUGGAGGAGCGGCCGCCGUCGCCGGCUUCGAGAGAGAGGCCGCCUGCACCGCGAGGAAACCGGUGGAUUCGAACCCGCCCGCCCCGGGGAACCACAGCAAGUGAGGCAGGACCGGCCGAUCUGGCCUGUGCUGACACGUAGGAUCAGACCCUGCGGAAAGGGAGACGUUGGCUGGCAGCUCAGCCGGGCCGUUAGCCAAGGGCAACCGUCUUUUUAAUUCUUGUUAUUUAAAAUGAAAGUGUUUUAGAUUUGCCGCGAGGCGCUUUUUUUUUUUUUUUUUUUUUUUUUUCC